AUGCAAAAUCAAUUACCUUUAUUUGCCUUACUAUCACCUCAACGUGAGAAUAUCCAACAGCGUUUGUUAUUAUUUUUAAAUCCUACACCACCGCCUACUGUCCAAGAGUCAAUAUUAAUAUCAUCUUCGGAGAAAACGGAAUCCGGUUGGUCAUCACCACCACGCACUAUUAUUACGGAUUAUCCUUCAGCCGAUCAGUUAUCUCUUCGAUCGUCAUCACCUCCGCUUGCAACCACAGCUACUAAUUAUAAUGGCCUCAUGAAUCAAAACACAACUAUUGAAGCGGAUACAAAAUCAAUUCAAUCAGUUGCAACCAAUAAUAUGUUGCAAUUUGCCGAGCAGUUUCAAGGUGAACUUGAUCAACUUCGAAAUACAUAUAAGCUGAAAUUUUCUAAGGAUCGAACAUGCAUUGAACAAGAAAUAAAUCUUUUAAUAAAUGAAGAACGAAAAACAUUAGAUACAUUAAAUCGAUAUUUAAGUGAUCAUCGGCGAAAUAAUAACAAGCGAAAUCACAAUAAACGAAAGUAUAGUACAUCGUCUACCCCUCAUUGA